GGUGAACACCACAGAAGAAGAAACAUUUGCACUAACUAAACUGAAGUGUGGAGGAGUAGCUGCUUCCCUUCUUCAGAGGUAGUUUUUGCACUCAAGGGUAAAGAUGCAGACCCCAGCAGAGUCCGUUAUCCACAGCGGUUAUUUCCACCCAACACUCAGAUACUGGCAGACCUGUGCAGCCAAUCUGAAACCAGACAAUCUCAUCUACCCAAUCUUUAUUACAGACAGUCCAGAUGCUGUGGAGCCUAUUGGCAGCCUACCAGGACAGGCAAGAUAUGGGGUGAACAAGCUGGAGGGGAUGUUGCAGCCGCUUGUGCAGAAUGGCUUGAAAUGCGUGCUCAUUUUUGGUGUCCCAGCAAAAAUAGCAAAGGAUGACAGGGGUUCUGGUGCCGACACGGACGACACGCCUGCUGUACUGGCAGUUAAAAAAAUCCGAUCUUUGUUCCCGGACCUGCUGGUGGCGUGCGACGUCUGUUUGUGCCCCUACACAUCACAUGGACAUUGUGGUAUCCUGAAUGACGACGGCACUCUGAACAAUGACGCUAGCUGUCUGCGCUUGGCAGAAGUAGCCCUGGCCUACGCACGGGCUGGUUGUCACAUCAUCGCCCCCUCCGACAUGAUGGAUGGAAGAAUCAGAGCCAUAAAACAAGCGCUGCUGUCAAAUGGUUUAGGAAACAAGGUUUCUGUGCUAAGCUACAGCGCAAAGUUUGCCUCAUGUUAUUAUGGUCCUUUCAGGGAUGCUGCACAGUCGAAGCCUGCAUUCGGAGACAGGCGCUGUUAUCAGCUGCCUCCUGGUGCAAGAGGACUGGCCAUUCGUGCCGUUGAGAGGGAUGUGAGAGAGGGAGCAGACAUGCUGAUGGUGAAACCAGGUCUGCCAUAUCUGGACGUUGUGAGGGAAGUGAAAGACAAGUUCCCCUCUCACCCCCUGGCUGUGUACAACGUGUCAGGAGAGUUUGCCAUGAUGUGGCACGGAGCGCAGGCCGGAGCAUUCGACCUGAGGGCCGCGGUGAUGGAGGCCAUGACGGCCUUCCGCCGGGCAGGUGCUGACAUCAUCAUCACCUACUAUGCACCCCAACUGCUCACCUGGCUGAAGGAGUAAAGCAUCAAGAGCUGCGAUGGAUGGAGAUGGACCAACAAGCACUUCUUUAAAGUUGCAAACGUGUUGUUGAAUUAGCCGUGCUAGCUAAGGGAAAUUAACUUGGGAGAGUUAUGAGUUUAGACUUUGUGUGGAGGUAACGUUUCUGCAUCUGAACGCUGAGAAUGUAAACGCUGAUUGAUGAUUGGUGGUUUGUUUUUAUGACACGUAGCUGAAUUCCUGCGUGUCAUUGAGGUCAGUAUUAAACGGGAAAUCUUCACUGAAGUGAUUCUAAAAUGUAUAUUUGUUUGAAUCAUGGCAACACAAGUAUUUCAUACGGUAUGUGAUCUCCCUGCCUGAGGUGGGCUUUAUAUCAUCUCUAAAUAUAUCUUGUACAGAAUCAACCUGAGGAAAUAAAAUCAUUGAUUCAGA